GGAGCUGACAUCAUUCCGGAAGUGAUUCGGGGGACGACGUCGAAGCCAGAGCUCGCGAGCGGUCUCACCUUCCAACAGUUUCGGGGACGAUGGCGACUACUUUCGUCUCGGUGCCUUUGAAGAAAUCAUCCGAAGUGGACCUUGCGAAGCCACUCUCCAAGUUCAUCCAGAGCACUUACCCGAGUGGGGAAUCACAGGCCGAGUACGUCAAGGCGGCCGAAGAGCUGAACAGCCUGCGGAAAAGUGCCGUUUGCAGGGCCCUCGACAAACACGACAGUUCUCUGGAAAUUUUGUUGAGAUAUUAUGAUCAACUGUGUGCCAUUGAGCCCAAGUUUCCAUUCUCAGAAAAUCAGCUUUGUUUAACGUUCACCUGGAAAGAUGCAUUCGAUAAAGGGUCGCUAUUUGGAGGAUCUGUUAAACUUUCCUUUGCGAGUUUGGGAUUUGAAAAGACCUGUAUUUUGUUCAACAUUGGAGCUCUUGCCAGCCAAAUUGCAUCAGAACAGAAUCUUGAAAAUGAUGAAGGGUUGAAAGCAGCAGCUAAGUAUUACCAGCUUGCCAGUGGAGUUUUCCAGCACAUCAAGGAUACUGUACUAUCAACAAUGAAUCGAGAGCUCACAAUGGAUACCUCUCCAGAUACAGUUGGGACCCUCAGCCUGAUCAUGUUGGCUCAAGCACAGGAGGUAUUUUUCCUUAAAGCAGCAGCUGAUAAAAUGAAAGAUGCAAUUAUCGCUAAACUUGCCAAUCAAGCUGCUGAUUACUAUGGAGAUGCCUUCAAACAGUGCCAGUUUAAGGAAAAUUUGCCCAAGUAUUUUUAUUUCCAGGAGGUGCUACCUGUUCUUGCUGCAAAACAUUGCAUGAUGCAGGCCAAUGCAGAAUAUCAUCAAUCUGUUCUUGCUAAACAACAGAAGAAGUUUGGUGAGGAAAUUUCCAGAUUACAGCACGCAUCUGACUUAGUGAAGACGGUUGGCUCUCGGUAUGAUGAGUAUAUCAACGUGAAGGACCUGUCAGACAAAAUUGCUCGUGCAUUAACUGCCGCAAAAAAGGACAAUGACUUCAUUUAUCAUGACCGUGUUCCAGAUGUGAAAGACUUGGACCCUAUUGGAAAAGCCACGUUGGUGAAGCCUACUCCUGUCAGUGUCCCCAUGAGUCAGAAAUUCACUGAUCUCUUUGUGAAGAUGGUUCCUUUGGCAGUGCAGCAAUCUCUGAGCAUAUACAAUCAGCGAAGGGCUGACUUAGUGAAUAGACUGAUUGCACAAAUGAGAGAAUCUACAAAUCUAGCCAACGGUGUGCUGGCCUCCCUAAAUCUGCCAGCUGCCAUAGAGGAUGUUUCUGGGGACGACAUUCCUCAGUCUAUCUUGGACAAGUCCAAAGCAGUCAUUCAGCAAGGUGGCCUACAGACUAUAGAUCAACUUAUCAGAGAUCUUCCAGGACUUCUACAAAGAAACAAAGAAAUUCUUGAUGAGGCAAUGAGAAUACUUGAUCAAGAGGAAGUCACAGAUAAUGAACUGAAAGCAAAAUUCAAAGAACGUUGGCAACGAACACCUUCAAAUGAAUUGUACAAACCCCUAAGAGCAGAGGGAGCCAAUUUGAGAGCUACUCUGGACCGAGCUGCCCAAGCAGAUAAAGUAGUCAAAGAACGUUAUGCAACUAACAGUGAAAUAAUUGCUUUGCUUUGCAAACCUGAAGCCGAGCUGAAUGCAGCUAUACCUUCUGGCAAUCCUACCAAAUCUCUUCAAGGCAGUGAGGUUAUUAUGCUGCUGAAAACACUUCUUGCUUCUUUGAAUGAAAUCAAGAAGGAGAGAGAAACUUUUGAGAAUGAUAUCAAGUCAGUGCAGUUUGACAUGACAAGUAAGUUUCUGACAGCACUGGCUCAAGAUGGUGCCAUAAAUGAAGAAGCUAUCUCAGUGUCUGAACUUGAUCAAAUUUAUGGAAGUCACACUCAGAGGGUGCAGCAAAAUCUGAAAAAGCAGGAGGAGUUGCUUGCUAAUAUUCAGGCUGCUCAUGAGGAAUUUUCAAAGUCAAAACAAUCAAACACAGAUGCUAAUCAGAGGGAGGAAAUACUCAAGAAGUUAGCAGCGGGCCAUGAUCAGUUUGUUGAACUUGUUGGUAACUUGAAAGAAGGAACACAGUUUUACAAUGGAAUCACUGAACAUCUCCUGAAAUUCCAAACAAAAUGUACUGAUAUUGUGUUUGCUCGUAAAACUGAGAGAGAUGAACUUUUGAAGGAUUUACAACAGAGCAUAGCUAGAGAACCCAGCGCUCCUAAUAUUCCAGCGGUACCUGCAUAUCAAAUUGCUGCUUCUGUUGGAGGAACCACACCAGCUGUUCCAACUCCUGCACCCAGAACUGUAUUUCCAUCCAAACCUGAACCUCCUGAACCUGACGCAUCUUCAUCCACUGGUGGUUGUGAAAAUCAACCUAAACCUCAACCUCCUGCACGGCCCCCACCUCCAUCUAUUGGAUCCAAUGUUGCAACUCCUACAACCACAAACACCCCUGCUGUUCCUGCUCCAGUUGCUUCUGUUGGGGGCGCUGGUGUGCUAACACAAGCCCAGGGACCUCCGUAUCCUACAUACCAAGGAUUUCCUGGGUACUACCCAAUUCCUAUGUCAAUGGCGUAUAACCAAUAUGCUUAUGGUCAGUACAGCAUGCCAUACAUGUACCAGCCUCCUGGGCAGCCACCUUUCCAAAACCCUCAGCCACCUCAACAGCCAGGAUACCCUUACCCUCCGCAGCAAUUCUACCAGCAAUAAGACACAUUGUGUGUUUAAGAUUCUUACGUUGUGGUUAAUUUUUAAAUUACCUCAUAUACUUUAUCUACUGCAUACUCUGAAAUAUUAUUGAGCUAAAUGCUAUUAAGAUGUACUGUUAAAAAUCUUAAGAUUGCACUAAAUGUAACUUUUCAGAAUGGCAAACACUAGGAUUAAUUUAGCAAAUCUGAUUUUUUUUUUGCAUAAACAAAUUUAGUACAAACUGCUUAUGUGAAAUAUCUUGUUUAGUUGUUUUUUCCUAAACCAGUUUUGGAAAUGGGGUCUGAAAUGUUGCACAAAUAUAAAACAGAUUGUGUUUGUAGAGCCGACUUUGAGUAAUACUUCAUGGUCAUAUUUGCUUAUACUAUCUCUGUCUCUAGUUUUGUUAUUUCCUACAUACUGUUUUGUUUAAUCAGGGCCUUGUAAAUCUUAUGGUAAAUUAAGGUAUAAUUACAUUAAAAAAAUCAAGACUGAAA